GGGAAAGAGGAGCUUCGCGCGUGGUGAACUGUGGCAGAAAGUUAAGUGAGUGUGAGUCUUCACUCGGCAUUUCCGAUUUCCUCUUCGGGCGGCCAGGGCUCGUCCUUCCGUCAUUGCUCUCGGCUGCACCCGGCCCCAACCACCGCAACCCUCUCCACCGUCAGCAUCGCGCCCUCUGCUGCUGCGCCCGGGUCUCGACGGGCUUCACUGGUGCCUGGCGACUGUAAUCAUCCUUCACCCAGCUGCUCUGCCUGCCAGCGCCACCCACCCGCCCCAGAAACACCCGCACGGCAACCCCUGCAAACACGUCGCUGCUCCACAGCAUCCCACGAUAUCUCACCCUGCAUAGAGCUUGCUAGCAACGCCAAUACAGGUUAAUGGCUCUGACCAGAGCAUGAACUCCCUGAACGUCCUCGCACACAUUGGCAAUACACCACCGCCCAGUCCCCCCCGUUCACGCGCCGCAUCCGAGAGCAACAUCCUCCAAGCACAACCUCGGACCAGCCCUGCGCAGCAACCAAAUGAUGCGGACACGCUAUCAAUAACCAGUUCCGACGAAAAGGACGACACGGGUGCCGGGAGGAUGGACAGUGCUACCUACACGCAAACAGACACCACCGCGCCAGAGAUGGACGAGAAGACGCCGCUACUCAGCAGUUCAGAGGCCCCAUAUGCCCAUGUACAGGCGUCGAAAAGGUGGUUGCUUCCACAGCGGAUAUCCGAGGCAUUUGUAGGAGGCUUCAAGCUGCUGCUUUCACCCAUUGUCGUUUCGGGCCAAUACUUGCUAGCAUGCUUCUACCACGAGGACGGCAGGUUUUCAAUAGUCGCGCCGAUAUAUCACAUAGCACGCUCGUUCACUCGGACACGCCGGAAAAAGACCAAAGCGGAAACGUUCCACGCGUCGGAUUCCUCGGAGGGUAGCGACAAGGGGAAGCGCAAGAGCAGGCCGAGUGUUUCGCAGUCGAACAAGACUAAAAAGCCGGUCAAGCGCUCGCCAUCUAUUGCCUCAACGUCGACAGCGAUAACUUCCGAUUCAGAGCCAGAGAGCGAGCGGCCUCCCACGAGGGAUGAGGACAACGAUACGCCGUCCCGCCACACGAGAGCUAAAUCGAGCGCAUCAUCCACCACCGAGGAGAUAGCUCCCGCGAAGCGGCAGAUUCGCAUCAAGUUGCACAAUGAGGAAGCGUUGCGGCAGCGCAAAGCGGCGAAGAAGGCGCAACCUCGCGCCAGCUCCAAGGGUGGCUCGAACCAGGUGUCGGCAGAGGCUGCGGCUGCGCUGAAAUCCCCCACUGGUCCCGUAAAUGCAUCCAAACAGCUGACGAAGUUUCCACGAGCCCCUCAGCCCCCGCGUCCCUUGGUCCCGCGGCGCCAGCCGUCGUACUCCGCGUCAGGCACAUCUACCGUCGGCCCGCACCAGAAAACGCUGAUCAUUGACCUUGACGAAACUUUAAUCCACAGCAUGGCCAAGGGCGGCCGUUACACGACCGGGCACAUGGUCGAGGUGAAACUGCAGCAUCCAGUCGGCGCUGGAGGCCAAAUAAUAGGGCCCCAGGUUCCAAUCCUGUAUUAUGUCCAUAAACGGCCUCACUGUGACGAGUUCCUGAAAAAGGUGUGUAAAUGGUACAACUUGAUAAUAUUCACAGCCUCGGUGCAAGAAUACGCCGAUCCCGUCAUCGACUGGCUGGAGGCCGAGCGCAAGUACUUUGCGGGAAGAUACUACCGGCAGCACUGCACGUUCCGCAAUGGGGCUUACAUUAAGGACUUGGCUCAGGUAGAGCCGGAUCUGAGCAAAGUCAUGAUCAUUGAUAACAGCCCCAUGUGCUACAUCUUCCACGAAGACAAUGCCAUUCCCAUCGAGGGCUGGAUUAGCGACCCGACAGACAAUGGGCUCCUGCAUCUGAUCCCUCUGCUUGAGGGCUUGCAGUAUGUCACAGACGUCCGCGCACUGCUGGCGUUGCGGCUAGGCCAGCCACAGACGGCCUGAUGUGCAGCUGUGGUAGUCGCUGUCCAGGUGAUCGUAUUUCCGUACCAAACUUUUUAAUAUCCGCUGUAUUAUAGAGGGCUCUUGCCCACGCAGAGCUGCUGAUUGGAGAGGAGAUACCCAAGAGUUUAUUCGUACGCAAACAUUUCCGCAUUGCCCUCGCGCCGUCGCCCAUGUGUCUUUGUUUUUAGUAUUACUGUUCCAUUCCGCCGGGCCGGUAAAACACUUGGUAUCCGUGUCUGCUGUGUCCGAUUUGCGAAUGAGGUCUCGUCUA